UAUGGAAACCGAGCUGCUAUUGCUAUGUCUCUACAAAAGACCCCUCCGACCCGGGUGUUCGUGGAACUGGUUCCCUGGGCUGACAGGGGCCCGGCGAACAACCUGGUCUCAGGCGGAGAGACGCUACCCGGCCUCCGCCACCCGCUUUCCUCAACACAAGCCCAAACUGCUACCCGUGAGGUGCACGUAAGCGGAACCUCAGAAGUGUCUGGGGGCCCGGACCGGGCGCAAGUGGUGAUGCGAGUGAGCAGCACCAAGGAGGCGGCAGCCGAGGCCAAAAAGAGCGUUUGUCGCCGUCUAGAUUACAUCACGCAGAGCCUCCAGCAGCAGGGCGUGCAGGCAGAAAAUACCACUGUGACAAAGGAUUUUAGGAGAGUGGAAAAUGCUUAUCACAUGGAAGCAGAGGUCUGCAUUACAUUUACUGAAUUUGGAAAAAUGCAAAAUAUUUGUAACUUUCUUGUUGAAAAGCUAGAUAGCUCUGUUGUCAUCAGCCCACCCCAGUUCUAUCAUACUCCAGGUUCUGUUGAGAAUCUUCGACGGCAAGCCUGUCUUGUUGCUGUUGAGAAUGCGUGGCGCAAAGCUCAAGAAGUCUGUAACCUUGUUGGCCAAACCUUAGGAAAACCUUUACUAAUCAAAGAAGAAGAAACAAAAGAAUGGGAAGGCCAAAUAGAUGAUCACCAGUCAUCCAGACUCUCAAGUUCAUUAACUGUACAACAAAAAAUCAAAAGUGCAACAAUACAUGCUGCUUCAAAAGUAUUUAUAACUUUUGAGAUAAAGGGGAAAGAGAAGAGAAAAAAGCACCUUUGAAAUUCCAACCAAAUUAUUAUUGUACUUGUAUCUUUUUACCUAUUUUUAUACUUUUUAUAAUGUUUGCUUUUGUCCUGAAUAUAUAUAUAUAUUGUAUAGGAGAUAAGCUAUUUCUUUCCAAAAUCUAUAAAUCUUUGAAUAUAAUCCCACAGAAUACUUACAUUCACUUUCUAUUUUUAAAAGACUACUCUGAAAAACACUCUUGGGAAAUAAAUGUAUUAUGUAUAUACUUAUAUACUGACAGUUCAUACAAGCACAUGUGUAAUAUUUCUAUUAUAAGGACAAAUAUUGACCCUUGCAUUUGAUAAUUUUUAAAGAUAUUUAAGCUAACAUUUUCUCAGCCACAUUUUUAUAUAAAACCAAAUUUUAUGUAAAAACUAGGCUUCAAUAAGUUAAACUUUUUAAAUUGUAAGACAAACUUUUUUAUGUAAAAGAAUUCUUAUAUCCCAU